AUGGCCCAUUUUCUCAACCAUCGUGCAUGGAUGUACAAUCGUUGUCAUAGCAGAAGGAGAGGUUUGAAGGAACUUUUUGUCAUCGGAGUUGAAGAGUUUGUGGAGACGGCUCGACGAUGUCAAUAUUAUGCAAUUGAUGGAGGGAUUCGAUGCCCAUGCAUCAAGUGCGAAUGUACAAGGAUUUUGAAAGAUCAAGACGUUAAAGUUCACCUAUACCAAAAAGGGUUCAUGCCUAAUUACAUAGUUUGGACAUUUCAUGGUGAAGAUAUUCCUUCGACCUCCAAUAGAGUUGAAAAUCGGCUUCCAUCAGGUUCGAAUACGGUUGUACAUACAUCUGAGAUAGAUCAAUUUGCCUAUAUGCAAGAAAUAGUCGACAAUGCUCUUCGUCGACAUGACGAACAAGAAGCAAACGAUAGUCAUGAUGAAGAGGCUCCAAAUGAAACCACUCAGAGGUUUUACAAAUUACUGAAAGAGGAAAAUCUACUUGUAUUUGAAGGUUCAUCUGAGUCAAAAUUGUUAGUGUCCAUUAGACUCUUGGCUGGUAAAUCUAAUUGGAACGUUCCCAAUCAAGCAGUGGAUCACNAUACAAAAUUGAUUUUAGAUUUGACACCACCAAGCAAUUCUAUUCCGAAGAAUUGUUAUCAAGCCAAAAGAUGUGUUUCAAUGUUGGGAUUGGAAGCCAAGAAGAUUGAUUGUUGUGUUAAUGGAUGUAUGUUAUUCUAUGACAAUGACAGUGGCAAAAAUGAUGCAUUGUUGGUUGAAUGCAGGUUUUGUGGCUCUCCUCGAUAUCAUACGAUGCAUGCAGGACAAAGGCAAAACAAACCAAUUCCCUUAAAGUCAAUGUUCUACUUGCCUAUUAUUCCAAGAUUACAAAGAAUGUUUACUUCAAUGCAAACAUGA